AUGUCGCACUUUACCGCCACCAUAACGACGACCGACUUGACGUCAUAUUCCCAUGAGCCCACGACAACGCAUGGCUCGACCAAGGUAGCACGGGGUGAGGCGGAAACGCCAGGGUUCAAGGUCAAGCAGACGGUGGAUUAUGGGCACCAGAUCAACUUUACCAUUUGGUUUUUGACUGCCUUGUCGGCGGCCUUUCUGGCACUGAGGGUGUACUCCAAGUCUUUGAGGCAUCGAGGGUUGUGGUGGGAUGAUCAUGUUCUUAUUGCUUCGUGGGUGAGUGGUGUCCUUUCCUAUCCCCUACCCAGCAGCUAUCUGACAAUGCCACAGAUAGCACUUGCCUUGUCUUGUGCCUUCGUCUCCGUCUCUGUCACCUACGGUUUUGGUCGGUCACUCUCGCUCUUCAACUUCAAGAACCUCAACAUCUAUCUGUUAUACUGUAACUUGGCCGGCACCUUCUCCAUCUUGGCCGCUUGUUGGAGCAAGACCUCGUUUGCCAUCACCAUCUUGCGCAUAUCAAACGGAUGGAUGAAGUGGCUGGUCUGGUUCAUCAUCGUGACGGUUAACCUCUCGCUCGGGGUGGCGAUUGCGCUCACGUGGGGGCAGUGCACGCCAAUUGCAAAGAUCUGGCAGCCAAAUCUGGAGGGAAGUUGCUGGUCCAAGCAUUACCAGGUUAGGUAUAACAUCUUUACGGCCAUCUACUCUGGCGCAAUGGAUAUUGUUCUCGCCUUGCUCCCCUGGAGGAUCAUCUGGAAGCUCACCAUGAACAAGAAGGAGAAGUUUGGCGUCCUCGUCGCCAUGAGCAUGGGUGUUUUUGCCGGCGUCACCUCCAUCAUCAAGAUAACACAGCUUCCCUCCAUCUCCGACGCGUCGUUUACCGAGUCCACGACCCAGCUCGCCAUUCUGGCCGCAGCCGAGGGUGCAAUCACCAUCGUUGCCGCUUCGAUUCCUAUACUCCGCGCUCUGCUCAAGCACAACGGCCCCCCGCCCGGCCCGGCAGAGUUUUAUCACGAUAUUUACACCGGUUCUUCCAACGCGCAGGGCACAGGUCGCAGCUCGACGGUCAUCAGCUCCCAGGGACAUCGUCGCAAUGAAUCCAGUUGGAGCCGGGCGAGUCGAGUCAGCAGUAACAAAGAAACCAAUGUCGGAGGUUCUUCUGGGCGGCCGGGGAGCAGGUCAGGGUCCGUCAUCAGGUUGUCACGACUGUCGAGGUUUAGUGGGUUCAGUGCUGGGAUGUUUAACCCGAAUGGGUACCCCAGUGGGAGUAGGGGGUCGUCGAUACGGGGCUCCAUGUCGAGGAGCAGGAGUAGGAUACGAUCGAGGAACCAGAGCACGAAUUCUUUUGGGAGUGUCGAGGCAGGGGAUGAAUUUGAGCCGCCGCCUGGGAAGAUCAUCCAGACGGAAGAGGUCAGCGUGGAGUAUGAAGUGAAUGACAGGAUGGGGAUGCCGAGUGUGCCGUUGCCAAAUAGGCUGAUGCCGGAUGAUCUGCCGGAUCUACCUAUGCCAGCGGCAGUGCAGAUGACUACGGCAGAGGUGCAAGGGCAGACGUUGCAUCAUUAUCAUCAAAGGAUGGACUCUGUGCCGAGUGAUAGGCAGUGGAUGGGGGCAGCGGGGAGAAUUGUGUAG